AAGGACUAAUCGUUCUUUCCUUAACCAUUCGGUCCUAAGGCAUCGACGUAUUGAUCCAUCUAAAAUUUUAAUGUUUUGUAGAAAUAAGUAACUGUUACUUAUUUAUAAAUUAAUAAAAAGACUUAUUUAAGUCUCCUUUUAACUCUUUCAUAUUAAUCAGAUUAAUUCACGAUGAGCUCGGGAGGAACUCGUGUGUACGUGGGUGGUCUAGUGGAAGGAAUCAAGAAGGAAGAUUUGGAGCGGGAAUUCGAUAAAUAUGGCAAAUUGAACUCUGUCUGGGUCGCACUUAACCCCCCAGGUUUUGCAUUCAUAGAAUUUGAAAACAUGCAGGAGGCAGAAGAUGCGUGUAGCGCGAUGAAUGGUUUCGAAAUGUUAGGCGCGACUUUAAAAGUAGAGUUAUCAAGAAAGCGUGAUGGGCCACGCCGAGGUUUCCGCGGUGGUGGCGGCGGCGGCGGUGGUGGCCGUGGGAACUUCGGCGGACGGGGUGGGCGCUCUUUCGGUGGGAACGGAGGUGGUAGCAGACCCUAUAACAACAGCUAUGGAGGCGGCGGCGGCGGUGGUGGUGGUGGCCGCUCUUUCAACCGCAAUGGCUAUGGCUCAGGCAACAGGGACAAUGGAAGAUCUAGGUCGCCACUGGGCCGAUUUUAAUUUAAUCAUAGUUUUAGUUAGGUUUAAUGUUAAUCGUAAUCUGAAGCCUUCCGCAUGUUAAAACAUCAAUAUUCAUUUAAAACUGGGGGUUUAAUGCUAGGAAGAGUUUUGUCGAUGUCUUAGGACUUAGAGAUUAAUUUAUCUUUAAUUACUUAUAGUCAUCGUAACAAAAUAAGGAAGAACAACCUUCAGUGUAUUUUUAACAUUGUACCGGAGCACUACAGACUAAGUUUCUUUUAUGUAUAAUAAUAAAACAAGAUUCCAAUUUA